CUCAAUGUGAACCAAUCCGGUUCGAAAAGUAAGCUCAUUAUUCGUUAUCGUACGCGUACCGAGAAGCCCUAUAAUCUUAUCGCUCAGAGCGGAGCGGUGGUUUUAUCGAGCGUUCAUCGGUUCAGUGUAUUUUUCACCUCCGCUGAUCGACGACGACGAUGAAACCGGACCGCGACAUUCCACGCUACGUUCAGGAUGGUAUACGCAAAGUUGCUCGGAGCCUGCAGUUCGGUAGUCAGUUCAGCAUCGACUAUGACUUCCGCAGCGACGGUCACUACAAUUCGGCGUGCGUUUCCGUGCGCUACCAGAUAACACUGCGCGAAGACCCUCGCGAGUUAACGUUGUUGUGUAAGGUACCACUACCGGAGGCGAAUGAUACGAUAUUUGCGCUGUUCGAGCGGGAGGUGUUCCUCUACCAACAGCUGCUGCCUACCUUUGCCCAGUUUCAACAGGAACGCGACAUCGCGCCUACUUCAGUGGAGUUUCUGUUUGCCCCCGUUUGUUACUACGCUUACUGUGAUGCAAAGAAACGCGAGGGCAUACUCAUACUGGAGGAUGCUAGCAAGCGAAUGUUUGGCAACCGGAAUAAGUAUAAACCAAUCGACUACGAUCACGGCCGUUUGGCGAUGAUUCAACUCGGCAGGUUCCACGCUGUUUCGCUUGCUAUGAAGGAGCAACAUCCGGAGAUUUUUGAACGCUUUCAGCAGCUGGAGGAUGUUACCGGUGAUCAGGUACUCGCUGAGGAAGGUUUUAAGGAAACGAUGGAUCUGUCCUUCCGGCAUGCGAUCGAAACGUUGAGUGUGCACGAAACAGCCAAGAAGGAAAAGCUGAAUAAGCUUAAAGAUUCGUUCGUGGAAGAGCUGAAAACAAUCGCAGACAGCGAACUGUCGGAGCCAUUUUGCGUCAUCUGUCAUGGGGAUUAUAGUGCGAGUAAUAUUAUGUACAGUUAUAAUGGAGGAUUUCCACACAGAGCAGUCAUGCUGGACUGGCAGUUGGCCAAGUAUGGCUCACCGGCGUUGGAUUUCCUGCACUAUAUGUUCAUCAGCACGGACGAAUCGUUUCGAAGACUUCACUACGAUAACAUGUUGCAGACGUACCAGAACGCUCUGAGGGACCACAUGGAACGACUGGGCGGGGACAAUGCAACGGAACGGUUUCCCCUGACAACGCUGAUGCGGUUGAUUCGGUCGCAGGCGAAGUAUGCCGUGACGCUGGCAGUUUUGCACAUACCACUAAUGAUAAGCUAUGCCAGUGAGGAAGAAGAGGAAAUUCCGGAAGGAAGGACUGUUAAGGAAAAUGGAACUCGAAGCAGUGGUUCGUACGACGCGGUGUACCAGGAGCGGAUGAACGGUUUGUUGAAAGACAUUUUCCGUUUGGGUUAUAUGUAACAAAAUAGAUCCCAAAAAUAUUUCGUUGCUCAAAAAGCACUUUUACAGUGAUGUUUACCACGACUGUACUGAGGGAGAUAACAUG